AACCCUACAAUAAAGUCUAUUAUAUAUAAGGCCUUGCUAUUUUUCAAGUUGUGUUGUUAGUAUUUCUGUAACAAGACAGCACGAAGACAAUGCUGACCCUAACUCUGUUGACCGUCGUAGCCCUCGGGCUGGUGGGUGCCAGACCUGCAGAUAACGAAAAAAAAAGCACGGACUGGUCAAAGCCCCGCUGUGGUCAAAACGCCUAUGGUCAAAGCACCCUUUGUCCAAGCAAAAAAAACUUUGACUGGUCGGCUAUUCUACAACAGGUUCCACAAGUAACAGUUGUAUCGAAAAAAAACAUUGACUGGUCGGCUCUUCUCCAACUUCCACAAGUACCAAUUGUAUCGAAAAAAGAACUUGACUGGUCGGCUAUUCUACAACAGGUUCCUACUACUCCAUUUCUUUUAUCGAAAAAAGAAUUUGACUGGUCUGCUAUUCUACAACAGCUUCCUACCACUCCAUUUCUAGCUUUAUCGAAAAAAAACAUUGACUGGGCGACUCUUCUCCAGUUUCCACAAGGACCAAUUAUAUCGAAAAAAAACUUUGACUGGUCUGCUAUUCUACAACAGCUUCCACAAGUAACAGUUGUAUCGAAAAAAAACACCGACUGGUCUGCGAUUCUACAACAGAUUCAACCUCAAGUAUUUUUGUCGAGAAAAUGCACGAACUUUAUGGAUCUUCUACCAAAUCUGCAAAUAUCGAAAAAAAACAUCGACUGGUCGGCUCUUCUACCACAGCUGCAAAUAUCGAAAAAAUGCUCGGACUGGUCGUCUCUUCUACAACAACCUCAAAUAUCGAGACGAGGCUAUUUUGACAAUUUGACACCAGAGCAGAUUCAACAGCUUUCACAGAUGAUCCUAAGUUCAUCGAGACGAGGUUUUAUUGACAACUUCACACCAGAGCUGCUUCAACAGCUUUCACAGCUCCAAGCUAUAUCGAAACGGAACUUCCCCCUCACUCCAUUAACCUUGACCCCGGAGCAGCUUCAACUGCUUCAACAGUCCAUGAUGUUUUCGCGCACGCUAUGAGAUAUCUUGAAAUCUUUCGCAAAGUUUGGACAGUGAAUGUAACUCAACGCUUCGAUGGGAAACCACACUAUGUCUGACGAUUGUAAAAGAAAAAGUCAACAGUUGCGUUUCAAGAAAAUAAAUAAUCGAACACAUAAA